UCCUGGCAGCCUGGGGAGCGCGCCGUAGUACGCUUAAGUUAUACACUCAUACAGUCUCUCUCUCUCUCUCUCUCUCUCCAGCGAGGACUAAUAUCAGGAAAGCUCAUAUCCGCGAUAAAGCGCAUCUCUCUGAAAUUCGAAGCUCGCGACUGUCACACACACACACACACACGUACAAGGGUACUUGAGCGAGUCGAGAUGAGGGGGACGCGUCUUAUGCGCUAGUCCUGUACAAGGCCAGAGUAUAUAUACGAGCUUUCGGGAGUACACGUACACGCACUCUAGACACAGGCGCGCGUGGAAGGAAGAGUUCAAGAGGAACGAGAGCGAGAGAGUAUAAUUCUUAGUGCGUUAUCGAUUAUCCGCGCGCAGCAGCGCCAGGCGCUGCGGUUGCGGCAAGAUUGUAUAGGACAAGGUGUCUAUAGUCCUGCGAGUUGUCAUCGGUUAUUCUACUACAGCGAAUACACGUAUCGCGCCGCCUCAUGUGGCCGCCGACUUGUUCGCCCUGAUGAGAUAGUGAUCGUCCGGAGUCACUGACGCUGCGAAGAUUCGACAUCCACUGCGACACGGUGUCGUGUAGACACCGACGAGGCUGCAUCAUGAAGCUGGAUUUCAUGGACAGGGAGAAGGGCCUGGAACUGUUCGGCAAGUUCAUACGGACGAAGAAUAUCGAUAAUCUACAGGGCGAACAAGCGAGGGCUGGUUCCGAGCAAUAUUCGGCCGGCUCGAAACAGAAACUACAGAAGUGCCUGACGACUCUGGACCUGACGUCCCUUGGUGUGGGAUCAUGCGUUGGGACAGGGAUGUACCUCGUUGCAGGGAUGGUGGCCCGGAGCGUCGCCGGCCCCGGCGUCAUCAUCUCCUUCAUCAUAGCAGCCAUUGCAUCAAUUUUUUCCGGAGCGUGUUACGCCGAAUUCGGAGUAAGAGUGCCUCACACGACGGGCAGCGCGUACAUGUACAGUUACGUGACAGUAGGCGAGUUGAUAGCCUUCAUAAUCGGCUGGAACAUGGUGCUGGAGUACCUCAUAGGUACGAGCGCCUGUGCCUGCGCCCUCAGCGCCUGCCUCGACGCACUGGCGAACGGAGCCAUUUCCGGUGCCAUCGGUGAUACCUUCGGCACCAUUUUCGGCCGACCGCCCGACUUCCUCGCGUUCGUUAUCACGUUGCUAAUGAUGCUGCUGAUGGCGGCGGGGGUGAAAAAGUCCCUGGUCUUCAACAACGUCCUCAACGCGCUCAACCUCGCCGUCUGGGUGUUCAUCAUGGCUGCGGGCAUGUUCUACGUCGACUCGGCCAACUGGACUGAGCAUCGAGGUUUUAUGCCGUUCGGUUGGAGCGGGGUGUUUACGGGAGCAGCGACGUGCUUCUACGCGUUCAUAGGAUUCGACAUAAUCGCGACGACGGGAGAGGAAGCGACAAAUCCCAAGAGAAGCAUACCCCUAGCGAUAGUCUCCUCGCUGGUCAUCAUCCUUAUCGCGUACGUCAGCAGUAGUAUGGUCUUGACGCUGAUCGUUCCGUACGACGAGGUCGAUCAAGACUCGGCCCUGGUCGAGAUGUUCGGCCAAGUUGGCGCUUACAAGUGCAAGUACAUCGUUGCGGUCGGAGCCCUGGCAGGACUGACCGUAUCCAUGUUCGGCAGCAUGUUUCCCAUGCCGAGAAUAGUUUACGCAAUGGCUCAGGACGGAUUGAUCUUUCGCUCUCUGAGUCAAGUGUGGCCGCUGACAGGAACACCGGCGCUGGCAACGCUCACAUCGGGUUUGUGCGCGGCCGUCGCUGCCCUUCUGAUCCAGCUUGAAGUGCUCGUGGAGAUGAUGUCCAUCGGCACGCUGUUGGCCUACACGCUGGUAUCGACCUGCGUUCUGAUACUGCGAUACCAGCCGCACACGACGAACCUCGUGGAGCUGCUGCCGCAGAGUCUGCGCACUCCUUGUCGCUCCCCGACGAAAGAUACCCAGGCCAACGGUCAUCAAGUCGGCUAUGGCAAGGAACUGCGACCGGAUCAGCUGACCACUGCCCUGAACACGGCGCAGAGCCACGCCAGUCAGUCGGAGCUCGGGAUCUCCAGUAAUGGACAGCGUAUUAUGGUCCGACGAGUGCGCCGAGCCAACAGUUCAUCGCCGGACUCGGACGACACUUACGGCGGUGAGGAGGACGAAAUCGGCCUGGGUAAGGACGAUCAGUACCUGGUGAGCGACAGGACGGAGAAUAAGUUCUACGGAAGCGUUCACGCAGCGGCUGCGGGAUCCAGCUGCGGAAGCGCCCAUCAGUAUCCGGGAAAUACGCCCAUAAUCGGGCCGCCCCUCAACUACCUGCAGCGAAGGUUACAGGCGGCCCAGUACCUGUGCCCGGCGAUAUUCCCCUGGGUCGACAGGGGACCGGCGACGGAAGCGUCGGGGAGAUACGUUAUGAAGCUCGUUGGGAUUUUGUACCUCCUCAUCCUCAUAUUCGACUUGAUUAUCGUUUGCGGAAUGGGUAACAUGGGCGGCUUCACGACGUUCUUGCUGUUCGUCUUCUUCUUCGCCAUAAUCGCUGUUCUCCUGGCGAUCAGCAGAAAGCCUCAGAACAGGAAUAGCAUGAUGUUCAUGACACCUGGACUGCCGUUCGUUCCGGCCAUCGCCGUCACCGUCAACAUCUACCUGAUCUUCAAACUCAGCAUCCUCACGCUGGUUAGGUUCACCGUUUGGAUGACGCUCGGUUUCAUCGUGUACUUCUACUACGGCAUAAAGCACAGCAGCCUGGAGGAGGGCAACGCCGAAGCGGCCGCGGAGACAUCCGCAGGCGGCAACAUCGAGCUGACAGUGACGGAUCCGUCCAAGUCGUCGCAUCAUCCGCAACCGGCCUCGUCACCCUACGCAACCUCGGACCGCAGCAUCUACGAGGGCCAGCAGCUCGACGCUUUCGGUCAGCCGGUAUUCGGCAGCACCAACUUCGGCGGUACGCCCUCGUCGCAUCAGCAGCAGUCCGGAACCUCCGGGACGUCCGGCACGCCUCUCUUCGUCCCCCCGGACAGCUUUCCCAGCUGGGACGACUGAAGGGGUGACGCUUUUUAUCAACGCUUUACUCGAAUAGUGCCGCCGUUUCUCGUCUAACUCCGCCGCCGCCGCAGCCGCUGCUGCUGCUGCUGAUACAGCUACACUUAUAUUGGUUGCGUUAUAUCGCGUCGUGUUUUAACGACUAGUCGUUGUUGAUGUUGCUAUAUACUGCUGCGCAAUUCGUUUAUAAUGAUGCAUUACAUAUUAUAUAUCGCACGAUCGUGUAACAUCAACAAUUUCCACUAUACUUACGUCAUGGUUUAUUAUUGCGAUAUACGGAUAGAGAAGGGCUGCCGCGUUGACUCGGGGAGCGAUAUGUAAGCCGCUGCGUUCAGUAUUAUUAAAUUUUUAUGUCAUAAUGUAUAUGAUAUGUAUUGCAUUAUGUCGCGAGUCUUCGAGCCUCUGUUUAUCGUUCUUUUGCUAUAACGUGAAAUGUUGUUUUCUAUAUUACACUUAUAUACACAGCGACGACACACGAGCGAGUUACAGUGAUAUUACAUAUGGAACGAUGCGAUUUUUGGAAGAAAGUGAAUAAUUAGAUGAAAAAAAUGUGCUAUUUUUUUCAAAGUUGGAUAUCUAACAGAUUUUAACGACGACGAUGAUGGCGACGCAUACUGACUGCGCUAUACACACAUAUCAUUAACAGUUAUAUUAAAUGUAUCGGGGAAAAAAUAUGAAACCGGGUCGAGAACUGAUGAAAAAAAAAUAUAUAUAUAUAACUCGUCAUAUCAGAGAAUUUAUUUGCUUGACUGAAGAAACAAAAAGAGAUUUAACAAAUGAUAUAUACUGUAGCUUGAACUUGUAUUUUAAUGAGGAAUAUACAAUGAAUAUGAUAUCAUAUAUUAGUUUAGCAGAUAUCGUCUCACCACUAUUCGAGUAAACAUGACAAACACAAAACAAAACAAAAGGAGAUACACUUUUUCUCGGUAUGUACACACAAACGAGCAUCUUUUCGGGCACUCUACGCAUAUAUAUAUAUAUAUAUAUAUAUACACACGUAUGAGUUCUUCUAUAUGAUAUAUGUAUACACGACGUUAUAGCCAUUCAAGACGUACAUUGUUCAGUGACAAACUAAAAAAGGGUUUAUAGUAGUCUAUAAUUAGCGGUUGAUGAAAAAUAUUCGUAUCACUUUUAUACAAAAAAAAAAGUAAAAGAUGUAUGGAACAGCAUACGUAGCAUAAAGGAGAAACGCAAGACGCGUUAGUUUUGCGAUUUUGUUAAUUCUUGAACGCAAAUUCUAUUAUAGGUAUAUGAGGAUAAAAAAAACUUGCCGUCAAUCAUGCAUAUACAAUAUAAAUAUAUCUAUAGUCUAAUCGCAGUAAUGUUUAUAAACCGAUAUAAGCUUAGAUACUCAAUCUAUGUAAGAAUCGCCCCAUUUUUUAACCUUCGAUUGUGCUUCCGUAAGUUCGACUCUAUGUAUACUUUUCGCUGUAUCGGCACACAUGCACUUUACGAGAAAUUUUAGAAAAUCGCACGCGAUAUCUCAGUACGAAAGAGUUAUAACAAAAAAAAAAAGAUUAUGAAGCAGGAAGCACUUGUUGACUAUGAUGAUCCUUUUUUUCGACGAAAAAAUGCGUAGCAAGUAUAAUUGCGGCAAUAUUACCUAUUACAUUAUCGUAUAGUAUAACGUACUUAAAAAAAAAAAACGACUGUUGACGAUGAAGAGAGAAUCGAGAGAGAGAAAGAGAGAGAGCUGAGUGAGUGAGAGAGGAAGAGACCACUUUGACGUAAUACAUACGUAUAUACAUAUAUAAAUAAAUAUAUAUAUAUAUACGAAUAAAUAAAAAACAGAAAAUAUUCAAUUUUCCAUAAAAAGUUUGAGUUGUUAAAGAUUUGAGGGUUCGCUCUCGGGAUUGUGAGUGCGAGCGAGUAUACUUAGUUAAAGCUAAAACACAGAGCGUGAGAAUGACUUGUAAUUUAACAUAUUACGCCUAAUUCUAUCAUAUAGUCUUUCCCGUCAGGAAAACAAAAAGAACAAUUAACAAUAAAUUUCCAAGUCUCCGAAGAAAGAAAUCCAAACGAUAUAACUAUGUCACAACACACACUUUAUCCGUCGUCUUGCCCCAAAUACGUUACAUAAUGCGACUGUUCCUUUUACGCCGUUUGUAUCAUAUAUCGAUUAUUCUAUCAUACGCUAAGUCUUAAGAAAAGCUCUCAUCGUCGUCAAUCCACGAAUUACACGACGGCGUUGCAAUAAUGAAAGAGAAUAAUUCGAGUAAUAAUAGAAGUAGUAGCUUACUAUGGUAUACUUUCGUUCCUUCGAACUUAGCCAGAUUCAUCAAUUCCUUGCUGUCUAUACAGAUAUAUAUACCUAAUAUACUAUAUUAUAUAUAGAUGGAUAUAUAGAUAGAUACACUGUAUACUAAUAUACAUCAUACGCAGGUCGUGUGACUCGGCAAUUCUCGACGGUGAGCUGAAAAUAUCGAGCGUUAUUAAGUAUAUUGUAUAAGAAAAGAACGCUGUGCGGAUAUAUUUGGUUUUGUAAAUAUACUCGUUGUCUUCUAUUGUAUAAGCCGUUGUCUUCGUGCUCCUCGAAGGUGUAAUAUUUACGACUUUCGCUGUGCUGCUCGUCUGUUUGAUAAUCUCUAAGACUAUGUAUAACAAUUUUUUCAAUCGGGUAUAUACAUAUUAUACAUAUACAUAUACAUAUAUAUAUAUAAUUAAACGCACUACCUUCUACUGUACCAUCAACAUAUACUUUUAGCUUGGAAUAUUCGAUCUCUUCCGAUCCUUAUAUAUAUAUAUAUAUAUAUAUUAUACGAACGCCGUUUUCCACAAUUCCAUACAUCAAAAUACCGCGAAAUAAUAUACAUACAUAUAUAUAUAUAUACACACACCUUUGUUAAUACGCAAGAGAGAGUUUCGUGCUUAUACCUAAGGUGUGUGUACCUAUAUAUAUAUGCCAUAUAAAAGAAAAAUUCGCGAGGUCUCGCUGCUACAAUUCCUUAUAUAGACGUUGCAACGCAUACACCUGUAUACAAGGUUUUAACGCAGAGGAAAAUGCACAUAGGGUAGAGGCACUAGUAGUUGAUCAGUUUUAUUUCUUACUUUAAUUAAAUAAAUUUCGGUUAUUAGGCAAAAUAAUUAGUUUGAUACAAAUCCAUAGAACUUGUCUGCCCCAUUGAAACUUAUUUCAUUGUGGUGCAUGAACUUUCUGAUUAAGACCAGUGGUCGGCCACUAUAUGAAUGCAAAUAGAGGUACUUUUUUUGUUUUAUUCUGUCGUAUAACUUUUUUUUUAAAUUGUGCUACAGUAUCCACUGAACAAAUUCUCGAUAUUACUUUUUUCGUUUAGUCUUUUAAAACCAAAUAUAUACAGCUUAAAUGGCCGACCACUAAGUAUCCAACUGCUUAAGUGCUACUAGUGCCUUUACCCUAUAAAUACAUUAUUCGAGAUUUCAAAAGGAGAAAAAGAAUAAGAGACAGAUGUUUACAGACAUUGCACACGUUCAAGCAUAUCUAUUGAUUAUAUGAAAAAAAUAUCGUAAACUAUAAUGAUCUCUCGUUAAAAAAAAAAUCCAUCGACAAAGUGAGAAAGAAGCAUUAUAUUAUAAUUCUGUGAAAGAACAGUGCCUGUAUCCCAGAGGCUAGACGAGAAUUAGAUUAUCUUCCGUUCCGAGAUAUGUAACGAGUCAAAUUUUAUUAGGGCAAGAGAGAAGCUGAAAGUCCAAAGUGCCGAGAGAGCGACUCUGAUUUUAUUGAUAUAUAUGUAUACAUACUGAUAUUAUACUCUCUGGUGAUGAUCGAACGACAUAUCUCUUCUACAUAAUACUACUGCUUCCUUAUAAUACACACACGACUUUGAGAGAAAAAAAAAUGAACUCUUGGCUCUCUGGAUUUUGCCGAGUGAAAGUAUAUGCGAAGCGAAGAUAAUGCUUUAAUUCCAUUAUAUUGUAUAAUUAUACAGAAUAAUUGUAUGCGAGACAGUCGUUAUUACAACAGGCAUAUAUUUAUUUCCGUGGCUCAAACGCAAAUGACAUUUCCGGAAGAAUCGAUCAUUUCCCGAUAUUUUCCUAUAGACAGGACGAGCUUGGCCUAUGUUAUACGUUAUUCUAUACGUACGCUGCAUACAUAUGAAUAUACUUUAGUACAAAAACCUUCUAUCUUUAGUACAAAAUGUCACAGGAGACCUCACACGCACGCCGUUUAUUUUUUCGAAGUUUACGAGGAAGAGAGAGAGAGAGAGAGAGAGUAAAACCGUAGUGUACGAACUCGUUACAAAACGCAUAUAUUAUCGUUCUAUAUUUUAAACAGAAUAUUGUAUUUAAUGUAUAGCGACGAGCGGAAGGCCGGAGAGGGAUUUAACGUACAAUAGUUAACUAAAAAAAGGGAAGGAGAUUUUAAAAGAAAAUGAAAAACGAAAGAAAUAAACCGUUUCCGCCUGUGACAUAUUAUGUGUUUUUUAAAGUAUAUGUAAUAACCGAGUUAUCCGUUACGCGAAGAAGAGAAAAAAGAAAUUAUUAACGAUAAUAAUAACGAUAAAUCGUAUAUUAUAAGCUCGCGAGUCCAGUACAUGUAGUUAGGAAGAGCGCAAUUUUUCGCGCCACUGUGAAUCUUCCAGAGAAAAAUUUCUUCGUUUUGAGAAUCCGGGGGAAGAAUAAAAAUGUUUGAAAGGAUGCGAAUUAAGCGGCACGUUGUGAAACAUGUUGUACGAUCCUGCGUUUAGACGACGUUCCGAUCGGAUCCGAACCUAUACAAAGCAAUGCACACCGCCCAUUACGGAGUGAGCGCACGUAAUGCAUUUACAUCUUGGAAUCUACAUCACGAGGAUGGAAAAGAUUAAUCUUCAUUUUUUUCAAUUCUAUGCGUUCGUUCGACGUUUAUUUACCAGUCUAGUAAAGUGUAUAUGUGAUGUUCCUUGUAUAAAACGUUAAGUUUCCAUUAUUUUCUAUUCGUACACACAGCAAUCGCGUCGUUGUACUGUUCCGAGUUAUUACAUUUCGCAAUUGAAUACUCGAUCUUGCAUUAAUCUUAAGAAUCAAAGUACCAAAGGGGGUUGUGGAAUUAAGGUUGUCCUUGCGGAUGUGCGGAGAAAUUAGAAAAAAAAAAAAA